CAGCAACAGGUCCGGCUCCUGAAAGAGAGUUUGAGGAGAAUACAGACAUCACAGCAGCAGCGUCAGACAAAAAAAGGCUGUGAUCGGGACAAAGGAACCGUCUGUGGUUCAUGGACAGACGCUGCGCUCGUGAAAAGGCGCUGCUUCUCUAAGACAGAGCUGACUCUUGAUAGGAGCGCGUACAGGAUCAGGUCUAUGGAGGCGGUGCGUUUGCUGGACAACUGGAGGAAGGAUCUUCAUGUGUCACAGGAAGAAGUGGACGCCUCGAUGGACAUGGACCGCCUGAACAGGAACAUGCCGGAGUGUGGACGGCAAACCCACCAGGUGUUACAGAGCACUCCAUUGGACCUGAUUGAGACUGGAAAAGGUUUAAAGUUCCAGGCAGAGCGCCCCCAUCUGGUUAGCCUUGGUAGUGGACGUUUGAGCACUGCCAUUACCCUGCUGCCCCUGGCUGAGGGGCGGACCACCCUGGGCCAUGGCUCCGUGGACAUCAACAUCCAGGGUGCAGCAGUGGCUGCGGAGCACUGCUACAUAGAGAACAGGUCAGGGGUCAUCACGCUGCACCCCUGCGGGAACCUCUGUGCCAUAGAUGGACUCCAAGUCACACGGCCUGUCCGCCUGUCACAAGGUUGUAUGCUGUGUUUUGGCCAGUCGAACUUCUUCCGCUUUAACCACCCUGAGGAAGCCUUCAGGAUGAAGAGCAUGAUGCCCAAGGGAGGAAUUGUCUCCACCAUGGAUUACAAAAUCUGUACAGACACAGAGAGCUUUGUCAAUGGGAAUCACCAGACCAGUCCAGCCCAGUCGUCCCCAGCGAAUGGCGAGAGAAACCAGUCUGAGCACAGUGCUAUUGUCAGCUCUAUUGAGAAGGACCUCCAGGACAUAAUGGAUUCUCUAGUUAUGGAUGACCCACAGCCUUCUUCUCUGGACGUUAAAAAGACUUCAGGUGACCGCCUGAUUCCCCACUCACCUCUGUCGCCAAUGGUCAAUGGAGGGGGCAGGUAUCUGCUCUCCCCACCAACCAGCCCAGGAGCCAUGUCUGUGGGGUCAAGCUAUGAGAACACAUCACCUCCCUUUUCUCCCCUCUCCUCCCCCUCAGCAGCCAGCAGUGGGAGCUUCACCAGUCCAUCUCCUAGUGGAGGACCCCAGGACCAGAGUUCUUCUCUGCCACCAGUGCCUGUUCGCUCCUCAAGCUACAAUUUCACAUCACAGCCUCCGCCUGUGCCCCACCCACGGACCAUUCUGCCUAAUGCAAGCAGCAGCGGGGCGGGGCAGAAAGUUCAGGAAAGUCCAAGGCUACAGAGGAAGGUCUUCACAGAGGCCCCUCCAAGUCCUAAGUUAAGUCGUAGAGGUCUCAGCCUAGAUGGGUCUGAGAGUUCUCGACACGCUCCUCAUCUGUCCUCCAGUGAAUCUCUCAAUAGUAGGAACCUUGUGCCAAGUAGCCCCAGACUCACUCCAAAGUUUCCUACUUGUUCAUCCCCUUCUCCGGCCAGUCCUCGGACCAAGACGACAACAGUGCUCCAGGAAAGGCCUGCUAGCCCCUUCAGAGAGCAGACGAUCCUAGCUGAUCGUUCCCUCACAUCCAGCCCUUCCAGACAGAUUUCUCCACCAAUGAGAGCCUUCCAGCCCCCUUUGGACCCUAUUGUCCAUGUCAUCCAAGGAUCACCGCUACAGCAGCGUACUCUUCAGCCUUUAGAAAGCCCACGCAUGGCCAGGAGGAACCUAGAGUUAAACGGAGGGAACACAGUGAGCAGCACCAUGAGAGAGUUGCCUCCCCUCAGCCCCUCCAUGGCCCGGAGAGGGGUCCCAGUACUUCCAGGAGCACUGCCAGGAACUGUACCCAUAUUGCGCACUCCAGAUGGUCCUUCCAGCUUUAGUAAGCUUGUCCCAGAGAGUCCUCGGCUCAGGCGAAAAACUGGAUCCACAUCUGAGGAUCUCAUUAGUAGCAAAGGAAUCCGAGCCCGCAGUCCAUCGCCUACUUCUAUUCUGAUGGAGAGCAAUGGGGGCGGCUCAGGAAUACGGAAGGGAAACGUUGGGAAUUCCCUCUCUCCUGCAUACAGUCUGGGCUCCCUGCCUGGUUCAUCUCCCGCAGCCAGCCCUAGGACCCAUCGAAAGAUGGCUGCAGGGAGACCCCACCCUGGGAUGAGAGAAAGGAAGAACAGCAUCACAGAAAUCAGCGACAAUGAGGACGAGUUAUUGGAAUACCACCGCCGACAGAGAGAGGAGAGACUCCGAGAGCAGGAAAUGGAGAAGCUGAACGACGACCGAAGCAGGUGGCUCCUGCAGGGUUACAGUUUAUCCACUAGAGGGAGCCAACUAACUACCCACCAUCCUUCAGGUCGUUCUUUUGCAAGUUGUGAAAAUAAGAUGACAACGAAUAUAAAAGGCACAUGUCUAUGUACUAAAAAGGGUAUCUACUUUUUUUUUAAAUGUUGCACUCUCUUCAAACAGCAUGAAGACCCUUCCAGUUCAGGUAGCAGUGGUAAUCUGGAGCUCAGUUACCUGGUGGAGGAGAGGGUUCGCGUUCUGGCGCGUAUUGAUGAGCUUAAAACCAGGCUGAAUGAGCUGGAGCAGCAGCUUCAAGAGUCCAAACAAGAGGCUGAGAUGGAACGUGCUUUGCUGCAGGGUGAAAGGCAGGCGGAGAUCGACCAGAUUGAGACUGAAACGGACAUCAUUACACAACUGCAGCGUAAGCUGGACGAGCUGGAGAGCGCCAUCCAGAGGGAGAAAGACAAGGAGAGGGCUAAUGUUGAGGCUGAGCGCCGGGCCCUGCAGAGCCUACAGGAGGGCUACGCUGAGCUCGAGAACCAGCUUCAUAAUUGUCCCGAGUCUCUGCGGGAACAGUUGCAGGAACAGCUGAAAAGGGACGGAGAGGCGCUGGAAGCAGGAACCAAAAAGUUUGAGGAUCUGGAAUUUCAGCAGCUGGAGCGGGAGAGCAGCCUGGAGGAGGAGAGGGAAACCAUGAGUCAGCAGUUGGUCCAGGAGAGAGGCGAGUACCACGGCAGCGUGGCUAAGAGGAAGGAGAAAGUGUCUGCUCUGGAGAACCAGGCCAAUCAGCUCAGCCUCCAGGCUUCACAGGAGUGUGAGCGUCUGGCCAAAGACAGAACUCUUACUCUGCAAAUGCUCCAGAAGGAAAAGGAGAGAUUGGUGGCCCUCGAGAAGAGAUACAACAACCUGACAGGAGGGAAGAGCUUUCCCAAGUCCUCCACCGCCAUGAGAGAGGAAAUGCUCCACAUCAGCGAGGCUGACCUCCUGUUAAAAGAUGUCCACUCCUCCAGACAUUCCCUCUGUCCAGCCUCUCCUCCUUCCUUACAUCCUUCCCCUUCCUGUCAGUUGUACCCCAGCAGCCACACAGAGGAAUAUGUGACAGUGGGCCAGCUAAAUCAGAUGUAUGGGAUGCCUAAAGUGGAGUCGUCCCCUACCUCCCCGCUUCGCCAGCCCCCGCACGCUGGAGCAGUAGACCCCGCCUUCUCCUGCCUUCCCUCUCCUCAUGGCUCCUCCCUCUCUCUCUCUGUGGAGUCUGAAGGCAACAGGCCUCAGCGAUCCAAGUUAGAUUUAGAACAGUGGUAUCGGGAGCUGAUGGCUGAGUCCAGUCAGCUCAGUUGUGCUCCUCCUCCUCUGCCGGCCAAGUCUCUGUCAGGCCGCAGGCCUGUGCUGCAGGUGUUCCGCUCCAAAGUGGACUGUGACCCAGGAAGUCCAGUUCACCAGCCCAGGUCUGGCUCUGCGUCACCCCUGCACCACGGAGCAGCGACGCUGGGACGCAACGCGUGCUCCAAGAGCCCCCUACUGGUGGCCAACAGCACAGGCAGCUUACCCAGGAACCUGGCUGCGACGCUGCAGGACAUAGAGACCAAGAGACAGCUGGCUCUGCAGCAGAAAGGUCAUCAGGUGAUCGAAGAGCAGCGCCGUCGCUUGGCAGAACUCAAGCAGCGUGCGGCGGCAGAGGCUCAGUGUCAGUGGGAGGCGCUGCACGGCUCUCAGACGCAACUGAUGAACAUGUCGUCCUCAUCGCCCUCGUACACUUCUGUCAAGGCCUACAGCCCCACGCUGGGUCACAGCUCCGCAGCGCACCCACCCAUGGUCCACCACUCCAUCCUGCACCACCAACCGCAGUCAGCAGGAGAGCAGCCGUACGACACGCUGAGCCUGGAGAGUUCAGACAGCAUGGACACCAGUGUGUCCACAGGGAACAACUCGGCCUGCUCACCAGAUAACAUGUCCAGUGUGGGAGCAGCCGAGUCGCUCAAACUAGAAGAGAUGGAGAAGAUGCUGAAGGAGGCGCAGCUGGAGAAAGCCAGACUUAUUGAAUCCAGGGAGCGUGAGAGCCUGGCUCGUCGCCAGAUGCUGGAGGAGGAGAGGAGGAGACGGGAGGAGGCGGAGAAGAGGCUGCAGGAUGAAGCCUACCAUCGACAGCAGCUGGUGGAGAAAGAAGUCAAGAUGAGGGCCAAAAACUUCUCUCAGGCUCGGCCCAUGACUCGCUACCUCCCCAUCAGAAAAGAGGAGUUUGACCUCCGCUCUCACAUCGAGUCCUCAGGCCACAGCGUGGACACCUGUUACCACGUCAUCCUCACAGAGAAGAUGUGCAAGGGCUACCUGGUCAAGAUGGGAGGGAAGAUCAAGUCCUGGAAGAAACGCUGGUUCGUCUUUGACCGCCUCAAAAGGACGCUCUCCUACUACGUUGACAAACACGAGACCAAACUGAAGGGUGUGAUUUACUUCCAGGCGAUAGAAGAGGUUUAUUACGAUCACCUCCGCAGUGCCACAAAGAGCCCCAACCCGUCGCUGACCUUCUGUGUGAAGACCCACGACCGUCUGUACUACAUGGUGGCUCCGUCGGCAGAAGCCAUGAGGAUCUGGAUGGACGUGAUUGUCACAGGAGCAGAAGGAUACACACAGUUCAUGAACUAAUGGACACGUGUGUGUGCGUGUGACAGGGACAGACUGGACCUCCGUCCUGUUUCCCACUCACUAUGGACACAUUUCCUACUCCUUUUUUUCUUUUAAAACUCACACUCACAUUUUUUUACUCUGCAGGAACUCACCUUCAUAUUUUCUAUGUCGUUCAGUUUGGAUUCAAAAAGGGAGUCUUUGAAGGACAUGCACACACACACACACACACACACACACACUCUUACACAUGCUAAUGUAUAUAAACCAAAAUGUAAACCUUUUCAGAAGCCUUUCUAUAGUGCCAAAUGGAAACCUUGUAGUUAAACUUUUUGUAUUAUCUCUUGUUUUUUUUGUUUUUUUUGUUUUGUUUGUUUUUAACAUAUGGACACAUUUGCCAAAUGACAUAAUGCCAAUGUUUGUUUUUUCUUUUGGAAGUGUUCCAUCAUGACGAUGCUGAGUGUGGACAGACAGACUUUUACAGGACUCCAGGUAGGCUGUGAUCAUUUUAAGAAAUGUCAUUACAAAUCCAUGGAAGGGAUAGGCGGCACAUUCUCUCAGUCAGUGUGUGUUAGAGUGGAGAUGACGAAAGACACUUCAUCCUCUACAUCCACAGUCAUUUCCCACAGACUCAACUCUAAACUAAGUGCAGGGAAUAUUAGGAUUCCGCUGCAGCAGCCUAGUCAAAGACGGCUCCUCGAAUUAACAAGCUUUAGAAUUUAACAGCUUUCAUUCUGCCAGAUUUAUAAUGUUAAACCAGAUUGAAAGUCAUUUCAAAUGGCCGAUGUGUUCCUUAGUCUUAGUUUCUACUUCACUGUUGAACCAUAUAUGGUUUUAAAGAAAAUAAAAAUGAUUAACUUAUUUAUACCAACCAACAGUUAUAUUGUGCUGUGCAGUGUAUGACUGCCACCUACUGUAGCCUAGAUUAUUCCUUACUCUUGCAAAACACGGUUCAAAAAGAGAGAAAAUAGGGACAGAGGGCAGAGUCUCUGCCAAGUCACAACAGAAUAGGCUUCUUGUGUAUUUUUUUUUAAACCUGCAUAAACUCAUAAGUCUCUUUUUAUGAGCAAAACGCAUCCAUUAACAUGUGAAAAAGUCAGUUCUAGCAUCAUCGUCAAGAAUAUUGAGAGUAAUUUAGUCGUUAACUAAAGUACUGGUCAGAUCCAGUUCUGUCAAACCUCAGUCCACUCACUGCGUCUGAGUGAUGUCAUCAUGUUGACGCACUAAACUGACAAGUGAGAAUUCGCAAACAAAGCUUGACUGUUCACCAAUUAGCCUUUGACUCUGUGUGGAUGAUGUGACCACCUUGCAGAUCAUUAGCCUGCAGCUACAGGUAGAGGGCACUGCAGAGACUAGACAGGAUCAACACUUGAACUAAUGGAAAUCAAAAGUGUGCCUUGAGUCCCUGUCAAUACAGCCUUGAGUUAGAAAAAGCUGCAGUCUGAGCUCCAGUGCAGUCUGUGAAGACUUUAGCACUUUAGGUUCACGAGCUAACUCUCAGGACGUCACCAACACCAGAGGCCCACACCAGGAUCAGUUUGUCCACUUACAUGGACCACUUGAGCUCAGUUAGGGAAAGUCUAGGUUGCUUAUUUAUUUUAACAUUAACAUUGACGCCCCUUCAGCAGAGAGUUACCCUGAUCGCCGACCAAAUAUCCAGCUAAUAUCUAGCUAAUCAAGCUAAGAUCCCAGAUCAGAGCUGAUGUCACCCUUAGGCUAGUUAUUUUUUGUGCUAUAGAAAUUUAAUUAUUACAACAAAACACUGUCGUUAUAGUUGCGGUUUUAGCUUCAGUAAACGUGCCCUAAGCAAUUAGCAUAUUCUGGUUCUGCUCUCCAAACUAUAGAACAUUCAGGAAUACAACUGUCAACUAUAGAGAAACAGUAAAAAUAAAUAUAACGUUGCUUUUUUUUAAAAAACAGAGAGCGAAAAAAGCUAGUCUAAAAACUUUACAUUUUGUUUUGAAUGACAAUGAAAUUGAUUUAAAUGGCACCAAAAACACUUAGAGCCUUCUGUCAAGGCUGAGCUAAGCUAAUCCUGCUAACCUCUCCCACCAUCUUUUUUUAACCUAGGUUUUAACUGACAAACUGUUUUAUAUAUUUUUAUAGUACCAUUACCCAGCAGUUUAGAAAAAUGUAGUUAAGGGACAUAAAAACAUAUUUGACCUUGGGUCAACCAAAAUUUUUCUUUAGCCGCCAUAUUUAAACUCCAUGCGCAGUGAUAAAGUCGUUAACUUUAAAAAUUUAAAUCUGACUUCCCGUCGAGAGCAGAGAUCUGCAUGCAGGGUGAGAGAAAAAGAAAAUCUUUAGUGGAACCGUUGUGUCCUUUAACGUGUCGGUACAGUGAUGAUAAGUUAUGAUUGUGGUGCCUGAGGUAUUGAGUUAUAAAAGAAAAAAAAAGAAAAGAAAAAUGAAUACCUUAAUAUAUUCUGUCCUGCCUUGUCUUUUUAAACAUAUGCAAACCAAACUUUUCAACCAGGACAAGGCGGUGAAAUCCUGUCUGUAGAUGAUAAA